AUGCUCUGGAACGUAUACGUGCUUCAUACUCGCAGUGACAGUCGUGUGCUCUUCCUUCCCCAACGAGACGUAUCUAUGUUUCUAUCGGAAUUAGAGGACGAGAGGCCACUCUCAGAUCUCGUAUUGCCAGGUACUCAUGACAGUCUCGCUUUCUACGGAUGGCCCGUCACUCAGUGCCAAUCCCCAGACGAACCUCUCUUCAAACAGCUCAUGUCUGGCGUUCGUGUACUGGACGUUCGGCUUUCAGUCGUGGAUGGGGUAUUGAUGGCAUACCACGGAUCUACCCCGCAGCAUAUUUCUUUCUCUGCCGUUCUUCACACCUUGCACCACUUUUUGCAAGAGCGUCCAAGGGAAUGCCUGGUGGUCAGUCUGAAACAGGAAGACUUUGCGUAUACACCCCCGGUGUUAUUCUCGCGAUUAGUUAGGGAGGAGAUUGAAAGAGCAGAAGGCGGAAUAGGCAUGUGGUGGCUAGAGAAUCGGGUUUGGGGGGAUGGCAAGGAAUGGGAGCAUGGUCUUGAAGGGAUGGGUAUCCACCCUACCAAAUGGCCUGACAGUGCGCAGGAAGGCUUCGAGUGGGACCUGAAAGGGAUACGAGAUUCCGACUCCAACUCUGAGAAAGAGCGAUGGAGUAUAUCGAACGAGUCUGCAGAGUUGUUGGAGAACAAGGAGUCGCAACUUGGUGCCUUUGAUGAUGAUUCGGAGCCCAGGCUCCCAGUUCGCGGUUGGGUAUUUAUGGAUUAUUUUUCGGAGCCGGAUGGGGCCCUUGUCCCACUCUUGGUUGAAAAUAACUUUAUCCGUCGUUAUGAUUGA